UUUCACUACAGGGAAACACACCCUGAACCUGCAGACCCAUCACUCCUGAGUUAAUAUUUAACCUAUUUCUAGGUUGACAUACUGUUAAUACCACCAUAAAUACUGUGGCUUUGUCUGUUCCUGUCUCUUUGAUAUUCUUCCUCUCUGGCUCUUUGUGGAUCAUGGCUGGAUUUCUUACACUUCUAUUGAGGUAUAGGAAUUACAUCGUGAUAGUCCUGACACCGCUUUUACUUCUGCCUCUGCCGCUGGUCAUCCAAACCCAGGAGGCAAAAUGUGGCUUUGUGAUAAUCCUCAUGGCGCUGUACUGGUGUACAGAAUGUCUCCCUCUGGCUGUGACUGCCCUGCUGCCUGUCAUUCUCUACCCCAUGCUGGGCAUCAUGCAAGCAACGGAGGUUUCUAUACAGUACCUGAAAGACUCCAACAUGCUGUUUAUGGGUGGGCUGAUGGUUGCAAUGGCUGUCGAGAAGUGGAACCUGCACACAAGGAUCGCCCUUCAUGUUCUGCUUAUUGUGGGGAUGAAGCCAGCCCCCCUGUUGAUCGGUAUCAUGAGCACCACAGCCUUUCUGUCCAUGUGGAUCAGUAACGCUGCCUCCACAGCCAUGAUGCUGCCUAUCACCAGCGCUGUGCUGCAACAGCUCCGUGACACAGAGGCCGCCGCUGAAGAGAGGGAUCGUAGCGUGGCUGCCACAAAGGAUGGUCAGGAAAACCAGGUGUUCGAGAUGGGGGACAUUAAAGAAAGCAAUGAUAUGGAGGUCACAGCCAUUGAGAGCAGCGUCAACAAUGGUGUACGUCUUUCCAAUGCUGAAGGUCUGAGUCCAGCGACUGAGCGGCGCAGAAUGAAGGCAAAGCGGAAGUAUGAUAAUUGGAGGAAAGGCAUGAGCCUGAGUGUUUGUUAUGCCGCCAGCAUCGGUGGGACAGCCACCCUGACUGGGACAACACCCAAUGUCAUCCUGCAAGGUCAGAUAAAUGAACUCUUCCCAGAGAAUGGAGGCCUAAUCAACUUUGCAAGCUUUUUUGGCUUCUCUUUCCCAAACAUGGUGCUAAUGCUCGCCCUGUCUUGGUUGUGGCUGCAGUUCAUGUUUUUUGGCUUCAACUUGAAAAAGUCCUUUGGAUGUGGCACAAAUAAGGAAGGCGACAGAGAGGCGUACCAGGUGAUCAAAAACCAGUACAAAAAUUUGGGCAGGAUGAGGUUCGCUGAGGCCUGUGUGCUGGUCAUCUUCACGCUGCUGGUUCUUCUGUGGUUUACCAGGGAUCCUGGGUUUAUGCCUGGCUGGGCCACUGUGCUCUUCAACAAAGAAAAAACGUACGUCACAGAUGGCACUGUGGCCAUAUUAAUGUCUUCCCUUUUCUUCUGUAUCCCGUCCAAAUUACCGAGUUGCAGCAGGAAGUCUGAGGACGGGGCAUCUGCUGAAGCCGUUUCACCGCUGCUAAGCUGGGACAUCGUCCAUAAAAAGAUGCCAUGGAACAUUGUUUUGCUCCUUGGAGGCGGUUUUGCAAUGGCCCAAGGAAGUGAGAAAUCUGGACUUUCCACGUGGCUGGGAGAAAGUCUCGUACCGCUGCAGAGCAUCCCUCCUUUUGCCAUCUCUAUCCUGCUGUGUUUUUUGGUGGCCAUGUUCACUGAAUGUUCCAGCAACACUGCUACCGCAACUCUCUUCCUACCCAUACUGGCCUCAAUGGCAACUGCUAUAAAGGUUCAUCCGCUGUACGUCAUGCUUCCCUGCACCUUUGCUACCAACCUGGCCUUCAUGCUGCCUGUAGCCACACCUCCCAACGCCAUCGCCUUCUCCUACGGCAACCUUCGUGUCAUCGACAUGGCAAAAGCUGGAUUUAUGUUGAACAUUAUCGGAGUCAUAACCAUCAACAUUGCCAUUAACACAUGGGGGGUAGCCAUGUUCCAGCUAGACACCUUUCCAAGUUGGGCAAAUGUCUCUAAAACUCCUUGAAUAUGAACUCAAGAAAGUGGAAACAAGGAGAAACUGUUGGACACAAAAAAAUAUCAGAUUAUUUAUCGGGAUUUUACGACUGGGGGACCUGUCUGGCAAUGACUUUGUAAUUUUUGUGUUAAGCCUGCCUGAACACCCCAGCCAGUACAGCCUGGUGUGCACUCAAGGUCUGUCCAUUUGUGCUUGCACAUGUUCUUCUAUGCAGCUUUCAAUCCGAGAUCCUUCCUCACAUUGUGAUUGUCUUCAGAAACAACCGAACGUGAUGGCCGGGAAACAUUGGAGCACCUUUUGUUGAUGUUUUGACUAAACUGAGAUCACUUCAUUUGGACAAAUCCUACUUUGGACAGUCAACCAAGACGACCCAAACUCAAAACUUGAAGUGUCAAAGCAUUGAUUUAUAAGAUUUUCACUCUUAAAAAAUGUCACAAGUGUUUAUCCUCGCAGAAGUAAUUUUAGGGCCAAACAUACAUCAUUUGAGUUUUCAUGAAAACCGAAAGAUGUAAUGUUACAUUAUCCUUAUUAUAAUUAAACACAAGUUUAAUCAACAACAAGAAACACAUAUUAUUUAGUUGUUCUACAUGCUUACUAAUGGAUUUUCACAUAAGAUGUUAUUACUAAAUGAUUAAAGGCUUUAUAUGCGAUUUUUUGAUCCAGCAGAUGUCGCCCUUGAGCACCAGCAUGAAACCAAAACAACUCGCGGUGCAUUGUUGUGUUAGCAUGCUAAUGCUAGCGAUCUUUAUUAUGCUCGUAUCUUCACACUGCAUGUAAAUUUACCCGAAAUGAGCGUGAUCUAGAAACACAGUUAAGCAGUGAGUACAGUAUGGUAUUCUUAUUUUCUCUAGUCCCUCAAUUAAACAACUUUUAUACGCGAGGGGAGGAGUCAGCCGCCAUCCCAACGAUGUGAACAAACUGAAGAUAGGACUCGGAAAGCUCGGAAAACAUCAUAGACAGUGGGACUCGGGUGUUACACCCACUGUAGACAGUCAUUACUCACAGAGUUAUUUUCAGAGGAUAUACUUGAUUUCUAUUAUAUUUAAGUUUGAAAAAUCGCAUAUAAAGCCUUUAAGUGUGGUAGAGGAAUGCUCUUUAUAUAGGACACAAUGGAUGGUAACAUCAGUAACUAUUUUUCAGAUUUGGCUGGAGUGUGGGAUAUUUACACUUAAAUGAACCAUACUGAUCUCUACUUUUAGUUGGUAACUCAGAGCAAAAAAAACAAAAAAAAAAAACUACAUGCAAUUCUGAAUAAAUUGUUUUUCAAAAGCAGAAUAUUCAUUGUCAAAUAACAUAAAUCUUUGGAAAAAAAGAUCCUGCAGGUUCACUGUACCUUUUGGCUGAGACUGUUAAAUUUAAUGAUGGAUUCAAAUCUCAUUGCCAUCCAUAGGAUUAGGACCACUGGGUCCCCAAUUGAUUUAAAGAGAUCCAAGAGGACAGAAGGCAAAUCCCUCCAAGGGUCAAUGUGGGAGAUAGGCAAAAUGAUUGAAAGAAAGGGAAAUCAAUUUCAGGAAACUGAAAAUAUUUAAUUGAAUUCUUUGGCAGGGUUUUAUAUAACUUUGUUACAUGUGAAUGGUCUGAGCAAAACAGGAUUUUAAAGUGGUGAAUGUACAGUACAGACAGGUCAUACAAGUAAGCAGUUAUAAAAUCCAAAAUUUUCUUUUGCAAUCUGGUGACCAUUCCUCCAGUAAAAACUAAAAGACAGCAUCAUUCAAAGGAAAGACUGUAUUUUCUCACAGUGAUGGAAGUUUAUGAAGUUGAGAUGAAUUUCAACUAUCAGAGGUAAGAGAACUAUUUAUGUCAUGAUAUGUUAUGGUUUCAUUUUUAAUUGCAACUUUUUUUUUUCUUCAAAUCAUAACGUAAGCCAGUCCUUUUUUUCCUGUGAUCGUUUAACAAAUCCACAAGUAGGAUGUUUUAGUCUGCAGUUCAAUUUCUACUCGAAAGCUUUUGGGGAUUGUAAGAUUUUUGGUAUUAGCCUUUGUUAAAACUUAUACUGAAUAAACAGAACAAACAAAAAACACGAAUGAAUGACAUUUUCUCCAUUUACCAAGCUAAAAUUAAUCAGAUUUACUGGGUGAGCUCAAGAUUUUUUAGAUCUUGAUGGUCUUAGGUACAUGAUACAUUAUUAUCAGCUUUAGUAAAAACCCUGGAAAACACUUUGAGUGUGUUGAGCCUUUUUAAAGAUGUUUUUUUAUCAAGGGAGAUCAGUUGGGGUUACAUUAUAAUUUUAAAUAUAAAAUAGUAAGAAUAGUCAUUGGAGGAGACAGCUGCACAUUUUAUCGUGAAAUAUCCCUGGGAUAGGAAUAGUAAUUGCGGAUUUUAUAUAACUUUGGCCUGAGCCAAAACGUGAUGUCAGUAAUAAAUCUAACUGCCUCAGGGACUCUCAAUGUUUCUCUCUACAUUUUUAAAAGACAAUCAUAAAUUAGUUUCUGCUGACAUUAAAGAUAGGAUUUAAU